CGGAGUACUCGAUACACGGAGGGGCGCCUUUGGUGGGGACGUUGGAACGACGGGCCUCGAGUGGCUGAGCGACCAGCCGCCUUGCAUGCCUUGCACGGCCCAUCUCGUGAAUACGUGGGCGCGGGAAGCAAGUUAUCUCUCUGAGCGCAUUCUUCGAAACACGCUCGUCUGUCACCUACACCCAGCCCAGUCAUGAACCACCAGUGUUUGAGGGUGUCUUCUAUGCUGCCUGGGCAUCGAAACUCAAGUUCAGAAGUUCUUUUCCCAGUCCUGUGUUUUUUCGACUCACGAAUUUUCUUUAAAAAAAAAAAAAUCUCGUCGAGCAAAUUCACUGGGUGGGCAGGCCGAAGCUCCUGUACAGGAGUCUAUAGUUAUAUAAUUUCCCCCCUACGCGCUUUUUAAGAAUUUAUGCUAUAAUGUCCGCCGCUCUAGAUACCUCCAGGGGCGCGAAACCCGCCACCAGAAAGCCCAAGGCCACACGCUCCCGUAACGGCUGCUGGACCUGUCGCUCGCGAAAGAAAAAAUGCGACGAGACGCACCCGGAGUGCAUGCAGUGUCUGAAUAAAGGGCUAAAAUGUGAAGGCUAUGAAGCGCGGUUGAAGUGGGGAAAUGGGGUCGCGUCCCGGGGAUACUUGAAGGGCAUGAAUUGUCCGAUCAUGGUGAUGGGUCCUGGUGAGAAUGGGAACAUGCGCAAGGUGGGUGGCUCGAGUAAAGAUUCUCCAGAUUCAGAGGCGGGGAGAGUAGCCGCAGCAGCAGCAGCAGCAGAAGCAGCAGGAGGAGGAGGAGGAGGUCGUGCUCGUGCUCGUGCUCGUGGUGUGAAGCGACGCACUGAGUCCCAGACCGAGGUGGAGGAUUCUUCGGCGGAUGGCUCGCCCCAGUCGGCCGCGUCGCUUUCGUCGUCCCUGUCGUCAUCGUUGGGGAGCUUUGAUCAAGAGUUGUUUCGAGAAUUCAAACAAUGGGGAUCGCAGUGUCUCUCGAUGGGAUCUGACAAUGGCUAUUCUCCAUUCGGGGAAGUUCUAUCAUAUUGCGAGGAAUCAGAAUCGCUUAUGGCGAACUGUCUGAUGUUCCAACUUUCUCUUCAUCCGGAAUACAACGAAAGACACGAAGCGUAUUACGCGGAAGCACUGCGCCUCUUUCGUCAGGAUGUCUGUGACCACGCGAGAAGUCUAAAGGACGCGACGUUGAUAGCUGGGAUUCUGCUAAGCUCUAUAGGUAUGCAAAACUGUAAAUCGUGGACUAUGCAUCUCAAUGGACUCUACACGAUCCUGCAGCAUCGAAAGGUCGCUCAGAAUCAGACCCCCAUCGCAUCUGAACUUAUCUCUACGAUUGGCUUCCUCGACCUACCAUCUCAUAUCGUUGGUCGCCAAACCCCCACGCUGAACAUAUGGAGAGAUUACUGUCGUGGGAAGACCGGUAGGGAACCCAGCAGCGGCAUACCGUAUAGCCUACUAGACAUCUUCUCCAUGGUCUCCGAGCCAAACGCAGAGUGGCGAUUCUGGACCUGGAUCCCGGAGGGCCCUGGAAGGACCACUUUCAGCGAUAUGGUCUGGGAGAUGACGAGGCUCGCGGGAAUAAUCCGCGCGAGAGGAGAUCAUCGGCGCGGCGGCAUCCCUAUUGGCCAGCGCGUGAGUGCCAACAAUGAAGUUUCCCUGCCGCCGACAGACGCCUUGGUCGAGCGCAUCUUGGGCCAGCUCGAGAGCCUGUACGACCAUCCCGCGGACGUCACGCCUGCGAUGCUCAACCUGCUUCUGUUUCCUGCGUUCACGGUGGGAACCCAGUACAACCUUCUAACCCCGAAACAGAAGAUCUUUCUGGAGGAUUUCUGGGGAGAGUUUUUCCUCGAUGACGGUAGCCCUCACCUCCAGCUGCCGUUGAAGGUGCUGCGUGAGGUUUGGGCGACUGGGAAGACUGCAGAUCAGAUUGCUCGAGAUUGGGAUGCGGAAGUAGGGCUGUUCUGAGGCUGGGAGGCACAUUUCAUGUUUAAGCCUUACCCUGUACAGAGUAAUAGUUGGAUGAUUAUUUUGCGAUAGACCGAAGUUGAUGGGAGAUUUGGAUGCACCCCUGUUUUUCA